AUGCACUACAUGGAAUCGAAGCAAACUGGACAUGUCAACGACAACAAAAAUAUGGCUUUUCAUCCUCAGCGUGCGAUCAAGUUAUGGAGCAGACCUUCAACCGGGACUCAAAGACGAAAGGUGGGAUAACGGGAUUUACUCUUAAUAGAUCUGCCGUUCAGCGAUGGAUUCUUGCACAGUCGGAAAGAGGCUCAAUUACAAGACAGUGCUAUUCUCUUGCUGGGCUUUCUAAGAACGAAAGGUACUGUAAGUAGAGCGUUUCUAAUUUCAAUAAAUUUAUUGCUGGAAUUUGGAAAGAAACUAUUACGAUUUAAAUACAUGCAAGUGCUUGUACGGUGUCAUAUAUUAUUUCAUGAUCAAUUACAUGACAAUACAUUACAUUACAUUACAGAGCGCGUAAAGACCUUGAUGUGUCCCAGAUGAUAUACCAUAACUCUGAAAUAUCCGCUGUAAUUGAAACGAUCUCAGCAAUGACAAACCCGUUUGAUCCCGAUCUGAAAGAUCUUAUAAACAUCGCCAGUGGGGAGGUGGCAAAUCCUUGCGUGGUGACUGAUAUGCUAGCCGCAAAAGAAAUUGGUGAAAGAAAAUUCAAAGAGUUUGUGGACGACAAAGUCAAAGCUGAAAAGCCAGAUAUAUUUACAACAAUCCCGAAAACAAAUCUAAAGACCUUUACGAAACGAAAUGUCAAAUCGCAAGUAAAAACGAAGAAAGGUGAGAUCGUUGAACUAAGAAACGAUGCAAAGUUUAUCUCUCGUUUGUUGGCAAUCGGUGAAUCUAGAGAAGUUGAUAUGAAAAAUCUUAUGUCGUACAGUUUAAGAAAGUUCCCACAUCCUUUUGCAACAGUUGAUGGUGAACUUGUGAAAAGCCCAAAAUGCAAACUUCUUCAUGAAUUGGUUGGCCGUGUAACUGAUCCAAUGGUUGAAACGACACAGACGUCAGGAGCCUUGUUACUCGACGCGAUGGCAAUGUUGCAGACAUUGAAAUAUAUUCCCCAAACAUUUGGAGAACUAGCGGAGAAGAUUUUGCAGAUGCUCUUAAGUUGUGCCAGAGCUGCAAAUGCAGAAAGAGUUGACUUUGUAAGCGACAGAUAUCCAGCUGUCAGUAUUAAGAACCUCGAGCGAAACAAAAGAGCAGUAUCCGGUGUAACACAAAUCAGAAUAGGAGGGCCAAACCAGAAAGUGCCUCGCCAAUUCAAAAGGUUCCUCAGUCUUGGAGAAAACAAGGAAUCGUUGAUAGAGUUUAUAUUUAAGCACUUUUGCACGAUGAAAUUGGAAGGAAGGCUUUCUCGACUCUCCCUGUACUUUUCCCAUGGACAGAUGUGUCAUCGGUUUUAUGUUGAUGUGAGAAAUGUGGUACGAGUUGAAGACGUCCCAGAAUUAUACUCCGACCAUGAAGAAGCGGAUGCUCGUCUCAUUCUUCAUGCAAAACACGCCUCGACUGAACAUCACGUAAUAACCGUGCGAAGUCCCGAUACGGACGUAUUUGUUUUGAUGCUAGGCCACAAGGACGCGAUUGAUGCCAUGCUGUAUUUCGACACUGGGUCUGGCAACCACCGAAGAGUGCUUGAUCUUGAUCAGUGUCAUCGCCAGUUAGGUGCUUCGUUUUGCGAUGGAUUAAUUGGAUUUCAUGCGUUUACAGGUAACUGAAUUUUUCAGUCCAGUUAACUCGCUACCAUUUAAAUUUUCUACAUGGGAAAUAAACUGCAGUUACAGCCCAAUUUCCGAUCCAUAUCUUAUUUAAUAUUCCCCACUUCGAUGUUUCUCUUGUCCGUUUUUAGGCUGUGACAGCACGAGUUCAUUUUAUUACAAGGGAAAAGUUAAUAUUUUGAAGGUUUUGGACAAGAAUCUUGAAUUCUUGCCUGCUUUUCAGACUAUUGGAUCCACUUUCAUCCCAAAUCCUGUUUUGGAGAAAGAGAUCGAGAAGUUUAUCUGCCUAUUGUAUCAACAGAAACAAGUGGACGAUGUAAAUGUAGCACGUUAUAAUAUUUUCCGACUUGGAAAGUAUUGUGAAAGGGAUAUGCCAUGCACCAAAGAUGUCUUAAGAAAACACCUAAACAGAGUUGUGUACCAGGCUGCAAUUUGGAGAAGAGCUUUAACUCCCAUUACCGAUUGCCCUAACAUAGCCGAACAUGGCUGGCUUGUUGACAACGACGGGAAUGUAUCCAUAGAUUGGAUGGAUUUACCACCUGCCCCAGAUGGGAUCCUUGAAAAUGUUCAAUGUGGAUGUAAAACGGGAUGCACGUCAAAUAGAUGUUCAUGUCGCAAGGCCAACUUGCAAUGCACAAGCAUUUGCCGAUGCAAUCAUUGUUCAAACGCAACACAAGAAAGUGAUGAAAGUGAUACAGAUGCUGACGAUAUUGAUGAAAAUGACUUUGAUGAUGAACAUUAA